GAGAGAGAGAGAGAGAGGGAGCGGGCGGGCGAGCGAGUCAGCCUGAAGGCAUCCCAUUACAGAGCCCCUGCCAAGCCUGAGCGCACAAUCAGGAGGGGGCUAUAUAAAGUGGCUAGGUGGACUCAGCCGUCCUCACAAAAGGGAUUCCGCUGUCACUCACCCCCUUGCAGCCAUGCAGUCCUGACCCCCGAAGCGGCUCAUUACAGAACGCCUUUCCUCCGUGCCAUUCCACUUGCCGUGUUGGGAAGCCCGCUGCUUGGAGUCGGGAUCGGAGCUGGGACCAGCACUGCCACCUCUGAGGCGAGUUCAGGAACCCUCCACCCUGCCCCCGAGUGUGCCCGAGUGCCGAAGCCGCUGCUGGUCGCUCCCGGAGAGCCUCCACCACUCACAGAAGCAUGGCUCCGCCAAGGUGCCUCCUGACAUGCCUGCUUACCCUCGCCGUGCUCGGCUGGGCCCACGCCGGACUGAUCAAGAAAGUCCUGCGGCACAGAAGAGAGUCCCUAACAGCAGAGAACGUCACCCUGCCCGACGCGGACCAACCGGUGGUCUUCAACCACGUGUACAACAUCAACGUUCCUCAGGGCUCGCUGUGCUCCGUUGACCUCGACUCCCCCGGGAGCACGGAGCUCAACCCGAAAGCCGCCUCGCCGGCGCAGUCCACGGAGCACACGCUGGACUCGGAGAACCAGAUCGUCUUCACCCACCGCAUCAACAUCCCCCGACAGGCCUGCGGCUGUGAGGGUCUCCCCAGCAUCAAGGAUCUGCUGAGCCGGCUGGAACUUCUCGAAGGGCAGGUGUCCGCCUUGAAGGAGCAGUGUGCUGGCAGCACGGGCUGCUGCGGGACGCCGGCCAUAGGCGCGCUGGAGACCAAGCCCUACUGCAACGGCCACGGGAACUACAGCACCGAGAGCUGCAGCUGCGUCUGUGACCCGGGCUGGACGGGGCCCAACUGCACGGAGGCCGAGUGCCCCAAUGACUGCCAGGACCAGGGCCGCUGUGUCGACGGGCGCUGCGUCUGCUUCGAAGGCUUCACCGGGGAGGACUGUGGGACGGAGGCCUGCCCGGUGGACUGCGGAGAGAACGGCCAGUGCGUCGAAGGGGUCUGCGUCUGCGCCGAAGGCUUCUCCGGUGAUGACUGCUCCCAGACCAACUGCCCCAACAACUGCCUGGGACGCGGGCGCUGCGUCGAUGAUGAGUGCAUCUGUGACGAGGGCUUCACCGGAGACGACUGCUCGGAGCUCAUCUGCCCCAACGACUGCUACGACCGCGGCCGCUGCGUCAACGGCACGUGCUUCUGCGACGAGGGCUUCACGGGGGAAGACUGCGGCCAAAUGACCUGCCCGGGCAACUGCAACAAUCGCGGCUUCUGUGUCGACGGCCAGUGCGUGUGCAGCGCCGGCUACACCGGCGAAGACUGCGGGGAGCUCACCUGCCCCAACGACUGCAGGGAAAGGGGCCGCUGCGAAAAUGGAGUGUGCAUCUGUGACGUCGGCUACACCGGAGAAGACUGCGGCGAGCUGACCUGUCCGGAGAACUGCAACAACAGGGGGCGCUGCGUCAACGGCCAGUGCGUCUGCGAUCAGGGCUUCACCGGCGAGGACUGCGGCGAGCUCUCCUGCCCCAACAACUGCCAAAACAGGGGGCGCUGCGUCAACGGCCAGUGCGUCUGCGACGAGGGCUUCACCGGAGAGGACUGCGGCGAGAAGACCUGCCCCAACGACUGCUUCGGGCGGGGGCGCUGCGUCGACGGCCAGUGUGUCUGCGAUGCCGGCUUCAGCGGCCCAGACUGCAGUGUGCUGACGUGCCCCAACGACUGCUUGGGACGUGGCCGAUGUGUGGACGGCCAAUGCAUCUGCCACGCUGGCUUUACCGGCGAGGACUGCGGCGAGCUGACCUGCCCCAACGACUGCAACCACAGGGGGCGCUGCAUCAACGGGCAGUGCGUCUGCGACGAGGGCUUCACUGGAGAGGACUGCGGCGAGCUGACCUGCCCCAGUAACUGCCACGACAGGGGGCGCUGCGUCAACGGGCGGUGCGUCUGCGACGAAGGCUUCGCUGGAGAGGACUGCGGCGAGUUGGCCUGUGCUGACAACUGCAACGACAGGGGGCGCUGUGUCAACGGCCAGUGUGUGUGUGACGAAGGCUACGUUGGCCUGAGCUGUGCUGAAGUGUCCCCUCCUAAAGACCUCUUGGUCACAGAAGUGACCCCCGAAACAGUCAACCUGACGUGGCACAAUGAGAUGAUAGUCACAGAGUACCUGAUUACCUACGUGCCCACUGCCGUUGGGGGUCUGGAGCUGGACUUCCGAGUGCCUGGGGACCAGCGGGCUGCCACCAUACAAGAGCUAGAGCCUGGUGUUGAGUACCUGGUGAAGGUCUACGCCGUUCUGAACAAUCAGAAGAGCAUCCCGGUCAGCGCCCGCGUGUCCACACAUCUCCCGGAGCCUGAAGGUCUGAGGUUCAAAUCGGUACGCGAGACCUCAGUUGAGGUGCAGUGGGACCCCCUGGAGAUCAACUUUGACGGAUGGGACCUCAUUUUCAGAAACACAAAAGAAGAGAACGGCGAGGUGACCAAAAGCCUGACCCGUCCAGAGAUCUCCUACAUCCAGCCCGGUCUGGGGCCUGGCCAGGAGUACGAGGUGACGCUCCAUGUGGUCAAGAACAGCAGCCGAGGUCCGGGCGCCACCAAGAACGUCAUCACAAGAAUCGACGCGCCGAGCCAAGUCGACGUGAGAGAUGUGACGGACUCCACGGCCAUCGUCACCUGGUUCAAGCCCAUCGCUCACGUGGACGGCGUCAGCCUGGCAUACGGACCGAGUGAAGAGCCCGCGGAGCGCAGGAGCAUCGAGUUGUCACCAAAUGACCGCCAGUACAGCUUUGGCAACCUGCGGCCGGACACAGAAUAUGAAGUGACGCUGGUGUCCAGGCGAGGCGGCAUGAUGAGUGACCCCGUCUCCAGGACUUUCACCACAGAACUGGAUGCCCCCAAGAACCUGGAGCGAGUCUCCCAGACAGAAAACACCGUCACUCUGGAGUGGCAGAACAGCAAGGCCAACGUGGACAGCUACCGGAUCAAGUACUCUCCGCUGGCAGGAGGGGAUCACGCCGAGAUCAGUGUGCCCAAGAGCAGGCAAGCCACCACCAAGGCAACCAUCACAGGUCUAAGACCUGGCACUGAGUACGGCCUCGGAGUCACCGCGGUGAAGAACGAUCGAGAGAGCAUGCCAGCCACCAUCAAUGCGGCCACUGAACUGGACUCGCCAAGAGAUCUAGAAGUGAGUGGGAAAUCUGAAAACAGCCUGUCUCUGCGCUGGAAGAGGCCCCUGUCCAAGAUCAACAUCUACCGGCUGGCGUACGUGUCGGCGGACGGUAAGAGACAAGAGGUGGAGGUACCAGCAGAUGCCACCACAUACACCCUGGGAGGUUUGGAACCCGGGAUGCAGUACACCAUCACGCUCACUGCAGAAAGAGGUCGCCAGAAAAGCAAACCAGCUUCCAUUACAGCUACGACAGCCCCAGAACCUGACAUCACCGGUCUCUUUGUAUCUAACAUAACUUCUGACAGCUUCACUGUCUCGUGGAAUGCAACGCCAGGCCACUUUGAAGGAUUUGUGCUCGAGCUUAUAGACUCCAGCAGGCUACUGGAGCCGGCAGAGUACAACGUGUCGGGCAGCAGGCUGUCUGUCGAUAUCACAGGGCUGAGUGCCAGCACUGACUACAUAGUCUACCUCUACGGGGUCACCCCCAGCGGACAAGUCCCAGCUAUUAGUGCUGCGGCAACUACAGAGGCAGAGCCUGAGGUGGACAACCUUCUGGUUUCAAACCUGACCACGGACAGUUUCCGGCUCUCGUGGAUGGCGGAGGAGAAACUCUUCGAUAACUUCCUUAUUAAAGUUAGGGAUUCCAAAAGACAGGCAGAACCCUUGGAGAUAAUGGUGCCAGGAGAAGACCGCAACGUGGACAUCACGGGGCUUGAAGGGGGUACUGACUAUGAAAUUGAGCUGUAUGGGGUAGCGAAGGGACAUCGCUCGCAGCCCAUAACCGGUGUGGCGACAACAGGUCUGGGAUCCCCCAAAGGUCUACGAUUCUCAGAUGUUACAGAUACCACCAUAGUGGUGCACUGGAUCAUCCCAAGGGCCCGAGUGGACAGCUACCGCAUCACGUAUGUCCCAGCAGAAGGAGGCACCCCAAAAAUACUAACAGUAGAUGGCACCAAAUCAAAGACCAUGCUGGUGGACCUGACACCUGGGCAGCUGUACGACGUGUCCAUCGUCUCGGUGAAGCGCCUCGAUGAGAGCGAGCCGUCUUCAGGCACUGUGGCUACAGGUUUGGACAAACCGAGCGGCUUGGAGGCCAUCAACAUCACCGACUCUGAAGCCCUGCUGCACUGGCAGCCCACGAUCGCCACAGUCGACGAAUACGUCAUAACUUACAGCGCUGACAAUGUGCCCCCAGUGGUGGAGCGCGUCUCUGGGAACACCGUGGAGUUUGACCUGAGCGCUCUGCGCCCGACCACCCGCUACAUCGUGAGGAUCUACGCCGUCAGGGGUGCCCAGCAGAGUGCCAUCGCAACUACAGACUUUGUUACAGGGGUCGAUGCUCCUCAGGACCUGGCGGCCAGCAACAUUCAGACAGAUGGCGCGUUGCUAACGUGGAAGGCCCCCAUAGCGACCAUCACUGGGUACAUCCUGAUCUUCGAGUCUGCCGAUGGCCUUGUCAAGGAAGUGGUGUUGAGCCCUAAUGCCAUCUCCUACAACCUGGCACAGCUGAGCACGUCCACCCAGUACACCGUCAAACUGCAGGCCAUUGCUGAUCCUGAGAGGAGUAAAGUGGUGCAGACUCAGUUCACCACCAUUGGCAUCCUGUACCGACAUCCCAGGGACUGCUCUCAGGCCCUCCUGAAUGGAGAUACCACCUCGGGCAUCUACACCAUCUACCUUAACGGAGACGAGAGCCAGCCGGUGCAGGUGUACUGUGACAUGAACACGGACGGAGGCGGGUGGAUGCUGUUCCUCCGGCGCCAGAGCGGGAAGCUCGAUUUCUACCGCAACUGGAAGAAUUACUCCCUCGGGUUCGGAGAUCUCAACGAUGAGUUCUGGCUGGGUCUAGAUAACCUGCACAAGAUCACCUCCUCCGGGCAGUACGAGCUGCGAGUCGACCUGCGGGAUGGCGAGGAGACGGCCUACGCCCAUUACGACAAGUUCUCCGUCUCGGACGGCAGGAGCCGCUACAAGGUGUCGGUGGGGGGAUACAGCGGGACGGCAGGUGACUCCAUGACCUACCAUCAGGGACGGCCCUUCUCCACCUACGACAAGGACAACGAUGUGGCCGUCACCAACUGCGCCCUCUCCUACAAGGGGGCCUUCUGGUACAAGAACUGCCACCGCGUCAACUUGAUGGGUCGCUAUGGUGACAACAGCCACAGCCAGGGUAUCAACUGGUUCCACUGGAAAGGCCACGAGUACUCAAUCCAGUUUGCCGACAUGAAGAUCAGGCCAUCGAACUUCCGAAAUUUAGAAGGCAGGAGGAAGCGGUCUUAGGGGAGCCCACCACCAAAGUCAGGGCGGCAGGGCCCC